UGCCACUACUAUACCAGUAAAUGGCAUUUGAGGAUAAUUUUACUAAAUUGAAACUGACGACCAUAUGAAAAUUGCUUUAUUACUAUAUAACCACAAGAAAAAAUGAGGCUGUUGUUUUUAAUAUUAAUUGUCUCUUCAAUUCCAGACUGCGAGUAGGAAUUCAUUUCAAAAUUUAAUAAAGCCUGACAUCACCAAAGUGGAGCUUUUAAAAGAUGUCCACAGCAAAAAAGAUCUUAUCAUUCGUUUGGUAACUCAUGAUACUGAUCCAAGAGUUUCAGAAAAUAAAAUAGAAGAGAGCUUAACUUCUGAUGAAGAUGAAGUUGUUUUACAAGAGGUUAUGAAAGAACUUCCAGAAGUCCCAUUUGAAGAUCAAGUAAAAGAAGACAUGAAGCCCAUUACAAGCACAGUGGCUUUUGCCAAGCCACUGAUGAGCAAGAGAAAUCUGAAAAAAUUUUUGUCACUAGGAAAAUAUUGUCAUCCCAAAUCCACUGCAACUACAACAAAUACUGAAGCAUCACCAACUCAACGGACAGAAUCUGAGGAGACACAACAAAGAACUGUUUCUAAGCCUGAUGUGACCAAGUCCAAAUCCUCAACUGUCACAGAUUCUUCCUUUUCAGAAAGAAAGACACAACUAAGUAGAGAAGAAAUGAAAUCUAGUACUGAACCGGUACAUUACUUCUUACAUAGAAUUAUGAGUUCAUCCUCGUACAAUGAAGAGGAUCUGCCUUCAUUUUCUAGUGGUGGUGAUCAUCCCUCAGAUCCAAGUGCCAUAGUAUCAGAAGAAAGUCUUGAACGUCCAGAUCUGGAAAGGGCAAGUACAAUUAAGAUGCUGAUAAGCCCAGUACUUCCAAACAGCGGUCUGAAAUGUUGAAGAAGGCAUCAUCAGUUCUGUCCAAAGUGUUUUCAAGAUCCAAGGCCAAUGUUUCCAGAUCUUCCUCAACCUCACCCCCUCACUAGGACAGAAGCUGAGGCUGCUGCUACACCUAACAUCAAUAAUGGUGCUGGCCUUCCUCAAAAAAUAAAUGGUUUUUGAAACAUGA